AUGAGCGCUCAGAGCAAAAAGAACAUCAAAUGGGUCGAGGGCCUCCGCGGCAUCACCUCGGCCCUCGUUAUCUCGACACAUCUUGCCCGAGCGCUGGACUUCCCACUCUUCUGGCCGGCCGAUGAAAAGGACGGGCCCCCGAGGUUGCUGCAGAUUCCAUACCUCCGAAUUCCCUGGCAGGGCCGUCUCGGUGUUCCCAUCUUCGCCUUCCUUACCGGCUUCGUCUGCGCCGCCAAGCCCUUGAAGCUCGCAUACCAACAAGGGAACCAGUCGGCCUCCCUCAUGACCGUCGCCCGGUCCGCCUUCCGACGACCCCCUAGGCUGGUCCUUCCGGCCGUCAUCGCCACCCUCAUCAGCUUCGUGCUCUCCAUCUUGGGCGCCUACACAGCCUCCAACCGUUGCGACAGCUUUUGGGUUCGCUUCGACGCCCCCGAUCCCCUACCUCUGGGCGCCAACUUUCGCCGGCUGUUCAGAGCCCUGCUGGAUACUUGGACCACUACCGAGAAUGUUUACGACAGACAUCAGUGGGCUAUGCGCCCCUUGCUGAUUGGAGCCUUCCAGGUCUACAUUGUCCUCGCCGCCACCAUUGGCAUGCGCUUCCGCUACCGCAUCCUCGUCCACAUCCUCUUGGUCGCCUAUUGGUUGUUGAACACUGGACCCUUGACUGAAACCUUUGGCGCCAACCUCGCCCUCGGCACCCUUCUCGCCGAGCUCUCCCAGCACCGUCCCACCCAAAACUUUAUUGCAAAGUACCAGCGCAUCCUCUCGUACGUCAUCGUGCCCAUCCUCCUCCUCAUCGGUGGCUAUGUCGGUUCCUACCCGCACGAGCACGAGGACUGGGCGCCCUGGUCUCUGCGCCUGCACAAGUUCCUCGUCGAUCCUGCCGGCGAUGGCUCGCGCGGCUCCUUCAUUGUGCCUAGGGGGUCCAAUGCCGGUCGCCGCACCAGCGCCUUCAUGAUUCAAUGCGUUGCCGUCUCCAUCUUUUUGUCGCCUAGCCUGCAGAACCUGCUCUCGCACCGCCUGCUCCUCUGGCUCGGCCACCACUCCUUUGCCGUCUACCUCACCCACGGCACCAUUCUUAGAACGUUGGGCAUGUGGAUCGUCUACGGUAUCUCGGGUCAGCCUUGGGUGGACCCCGGAAGGAACGAGGAUGGCUCGCCCAAGGAACCCAACUGGUUGCACCCCAAGAGCCGGGGCCACAAGGUGGCUUCGAUUAUCAUUUUCACGGCUGUCACGUACGUUGCUGCGUGGGCGUGGAUGAAGUGGGUGGAUACCGCGUGCGCCAGGGCGACGCAGUGGUUGGAGAAGAAGGUGUUUGAUGAUGAUGAGGGGACUGAGGGAGGAAAGGCCGGUCUGGCGGAGAAGGGAUAUGCGAAUGGCGGACCGAGUAGGGAGCACGCGCAGCCUUUGUUGAACGGCGGAGAGGCGAGGGUGCCUCCUCCUUAG